CCCCGCCGGAAGUGAGCGGCGGGGGGAGAGCCCGGAGCGGCGGCGGGGAGCGGGGAGGGAGCGCCGUGUCCGCUGCCGGGCAGGGACGUGAUCCGGCUGCCGGGCGGUUCCGCGCUCGGCGGAAACGAGAAACGGGAAAGGAAGGGAGCGGCGGCCGGCGGUGGUGGCCACCAUUAGCGAGGGGAGGAGGAGCGGCGGGGAGCGGCGGCAGCAGCGGGGGGCUGCGAGGCGAGAGCGCGAGCGGAGCUCCGGUGCCGUCGCCGCCAGCGGGAGCGUGCCCGCCGCCUCCGCCCUCUGCUCUGCGGGGGAUCGCCGGAGCCCGCCCGCCGGGGGCUCCCCGAGCCGGGGCGAGAUGGAGCAAUUAUCAGAUGAAGAGCUUGACCAUGGUGCAGAAGAAGACAGUGAUAAGGAAGAUCAGGAUCUGGACAAGAUGUUUGGAGCCUGGCUAGGAGAACUGGACAAACUCACACAGAGUUUGGAUUCAGACAAGCCUGUGGCACCAGUGAAGAGAUCACCUCUCCAUCAAGAAACCAACCUUGCCAACUUCUCAUAUCGCUUCUCCAUGUACAAUUUGAAUGAAGCUCUGAAUCAGGGGGAGACUGUGGAUCUAGAUGCCCUCAUGGCUGAUCUCUGCUCCAUAGAGCAGGAGCUCAGCAGCAUUGGGUCUCAUUCAGCAAAUAAUACUGCAGUGAAACACCUUGCCACAGAAUCCAAAGUUCAGAAACCACCUACUAGCCGUCCUUCUACUAAGCAUGGCAGUAUGAAAGGACUAUCGUCUUCAUCUGGUAAGGUUACUAAACCAUCACAUGCCAAUGUUUCUUUGGAUGACAUCACUGCACAAUUAGAGAAAGCUUCCUUGAGCAUGGAUGAGGCAGCCCAGCAGUCUGUAGCAGAAGAUGCCAAACCAGUAGUUAAUGCCCAGCACAGAAGGACAGCAUCUGCUGGCACAGUGAGUGAUGCUGAGGUGCGAUCAAUCAGUAACUCCUCCCGUUCCAGCAUAACUUCUGCAGCUUCGAGCAUGGACUCUUUGGAUAUCGAUAAGGUGACAAGACCUCAAGAACUAGAGUUGACAUCACAAGGACAACCAGUCACUGAGUCCAAACAUCCCAUUAACUCUUCAGAAGAGGAAGCUGAAUUGACUCCUCACUCCUAUUUGGACAGGGAAACCUCCCUCCUUCUGAGAAACAUUGCAGGAAAGCCUUCUCACUUGCUGACCAAGGAGGAACAGGCUGCUAAACUGAAAGCUGAGAAGAUUAGGGUGGCAUUAGAGAAGAUUAAAGAGGCACAAGUGAAAAAGUUGGUGAUCAGAGUCCACAUGUCUGAUGACAGCUCAAAAACAAUGAUGGUGGAUGAGAGGCAGACAGUGAGACAAGUAUUAGACAAUCUGAUGGACAAAUCACAUUGUGGGUAUAGUUUAGACUGGUCAUUGGUGGAAACCAUCUCUGAGUUGCAGAUGGAAAGGAUCUUUGAGGAUCAUGAAAAUUUAGUUGAAAAUCUUCUCAAUUGGACAAGAGACAGUCAAAACAAACUAAUGUUUGUGGAACGGAUAGAGAAAUACGCACUUUUUAAGAAUCCCCAGAACUAUCUUCUGGGGAAAAAAGAAACCUCUGAGAUGGCAGACAGAAAUAAAGAGGUGCUGCUAGAGGAAUGUUUCUGUGGAAGUUCUGUAACUGUGCCAGAAAUUGAAGGAGUUCUGUGGCUGAAAGAGGAUGGUAAGAAGUCUUGGAAGAAACGUUAUUUUCUUCUUCGAGCUUCAGGAAUCUACUAUGUUCCUAAGGGGAAGGCAAAGGUCUCGCGGGAUCUCGUGUGCUUUCUACAGCUGGAUCAUGUCAACGUUUACUAUGGGCAGGACUACCGGAACAAAUACAAAGCUCCCACAGACUACUGCUUAGUGCUGAAGCAUCCUCAGAUCCAGAAGAAAUCCCAGUAUAUCAAGUACCUUUGCUGUGAUGAUGUAAGAACUCUACACCAAUGGAUCAACGGCAUCCGCAUCGCUAAGUAUGGGAAGCAACUAUAUAUGAACUAUCAAGAUGCACUGAAGAGAACAGAAUCGGCAUACGACUGGACUUCCUUGUCCAGCUCCAGUAUCAAGUCAGGCUCCAGCUCAUCUAGUUUGCCAGAAUCUCAAUCAAAUCAUUCUAAUCAAUCUGACAGUGGAGUUUCUGACACCCAGCCGACUGGACAUGUCCGUUCCCAAAGUAUUGUCAGCUCCAUGUUCUCUGAGGCCUGGAAGCGAGGCACACAACUGGAGGAAUCCAGCAAGGCCCGAAUGGAGCCUGCAGGUCGGCCCUUCAUCUCUGUUGCACCUCCUGUGUCCCCACAGACGAAAGUCGUGACCCCCUAUACAGCAUCGCAACCAUCCCCACCACUUCCCCCUCCGCCCCCUCCACCUCCUCCUCCUCCACCCCCUCCUCCUCCCCCACCACCUCCACUCCCCAGCCAGGCCACCCCAUCUGCUGCCUCACCUGCUGCCAUGUUUGUUAAGUACAGCACCAUCACCAGGCUGCAGAAUGCUGCCCAGCACGGUGGGCCUUUUUCCAAGGCCCCUGCUGCUGCACAGCAGCCCCCCUUGCCCCCUCCAUCUUCAGGCAAGCCUCAGAUACUAGUGCCACCCAAUGGAGUCAUGCCACCUCCCCCCCCGCCUCCUCCUCCCCCCACACCGGGCUCAGCCAUGGCACAGCUGAAGCCAGCACCCGUUGCCCCCUCUGUACCACAGUUCACGCCUCCGCCGCCCCCUCCCAAAAUCCAUCAGGUUCAACCAAAUAUAAGUCAGGCAGCUGCUGCUGCUGCCUCACCAUUGCCACCACCUCCUCCCCCUGUGCCUGCCCCACCACCACCCCAAGCACCCCCAAAGCCUCUCAUGACUCCUCUCCCCCCACAGCCUGGCAGGAAGGCGGCGUCACCAGGGGUCUCACACAUCACUUCCCCUGUGCCAGUUCCCUUGCCUCUUGCAAUUAAGAAACAACCAAGUGUCACAUCUCCCCAGGUGCCUCCUCCGCCCCCUGCCCCUCUAGGCCCUGCUCCUCCCCCAACGUUUCCAAAGCAACAGAGUUUUUCAGCGAAGCCUCCCCCAUCCCCUCAAUCCCCAGUGCCCUCAGUAGUGAAGCAGAUAGUCAGCCAGUUCCCACCUCCUCCCACCCCACCUGCCACUGAGCCCCAGCCACUGAAGCCUCUUCCGUUGAGUGUGGCACCCCAGUCACCUCCGGCGGUGAAGGCAAAACCCAAAUGGCAGCCUGUCUCUGCUCCCUCGCCAGAUUUCCCACCUCCUCCCCCAGAGAGCAGCUUAGUGUUUCCUCCUCCGCCUCCUUCCCCAGCUACCUCUGCAGGUUCUCCCCCCCCUGACAAAUCAGGGUCUCCAGUCAAAAAGACCAGCAAGACAUCAAGCCCUGGCGCAAAGAAACCACCUCCAACACCUCAGCGGAACUCCAGCAUCAAGUCCACCAGCUCCACUGAGUACAGUGAGUCCAAGAGACCUUCGGUGGACCGCCUUGUCAGCAAAUUUGCACAUCCACCAGAGCCAUCGGGGUCUCCUUCAAAGGAGUCAUCGCCUCCUGUGGCCCCUCCAAAGCCUGGAAAACUCAAUCUCUCUGCCGUGAGCUUGCCCAUUGUCCUUCCACAGGGAGGGAUCCCAGCCAAGGCUCCUGCUCCAGGGGUAUCUGGGAAGGAACCCGUGGUUGAAUUUCCUUCUCCGCCAUCGGAUUCAGACUUUCCACCACCGCCGCCUGAAAUAGAUCUUCCUCCCCCACCUGUUGAGAUACCAUCUGUGUUCUCGGGCAGCACUUCUCCAAAAGUUGCUGUGGUCAACCCGCAGCCUCAGGCAUGGUCAAAACCAUCGGUUAAAAAAGCUCCGCCACCCACACGUCCUAAGCGGAAUGACAGCACUCGGCUGACACAGGCAGACGUUGUGGAUUCACCGACAACACCUGGCCCACAAGUGCCCACCUCACCCAAGUCUGGCCUUAGCGUUCAGCCAGGAUUCCUGGCAGACCUCAACCGGACGCUGCAGCGGAAAUCCAUCACCCGGCAUGGCUCACUCUCCUCUGCACGGAUGUCCAGAGCAGAGCCCACUGCCACUAUGGAUGACAUGGCCUUGCCGCCACCCCCACCAGAGCUCCUGGCCGACCAGCAAAAGACAAGCAGCUUCGGGGGAAGUCAUAUAUCCGGCUAUGCAACAUUACGGAGGGGGCCACCCCCUGCACCUCCCAAACGGGAUCAGAACACUAAGCUGUCACGGGACUGGUAGUCAGUCACCUGGGGCUGGUGCUCUCCAUGACCUGUGGGCUGCUCUGUGCUCAGCCAACCCAUGAUGUGGUGCACUUGGAGAGUAUGUGGGGACGUGGACAAUAGCCCUGUCAAAAGAGGUGAUCUCAAAGUGCCGUCAAGGCUAAAGAUAGAGACAUUCCCCUCUCAUGUCUAGGCCAAAACAGCUGGGGGUUGGGGGUUGUCAGUAUUUUACUGGUGGGUAGAGGGCCGCUGACUUACCAUUUCUGAUUUCUUUUACCCUUCAUAUGGAUUGGACCAAAAUCCCUUUUUCUUACUUUUUCUGCAUUUGAGGGGGAAGAUAAUUUUUUUGUAGUGUCUGUCCAUGUGAGACAUGUUUGUGCAUGUAUUAUAAGUGUAGGUAUAUAAUAUAUUGUGAUAUAUUUCAUUGCAAUUAUAGAAGAUAACCAGAAUGUUUUUGUAGAUCCGUAUUUAUUGUUUCAGUCGCUAUAUUAUAGGGAAUUGGACUCUGUAACCAGUCAAAUCUGAUUGUAAAGAUGAAACUGUUGGGGGCACUUUAAAGAAAGAAGGAGAACGAAAGAAAAAAAAAAAA